UAAAAAUCCAUUGAAAUGAUUUGUUUCAGCUACUUAUCUUCUAAAAUCAACUGCUGAAUUUUCACAUUUAAUUCUCUUUUAGAUCAAUUAGUGGAGAAAAUAAAAUUUAAUCAUCAUGGACUCGAAAUUAGACAUGGCUCUUGAUGACAUAAUAAGCAAGAAAAAGGGUGAAUCCCGUGGAGGAGGUUCAGGCAGGCGUGGAUCACGUGGUGGAGGAGGAGGAGCACGUGGGCGUGGUGGACGAGGUGGUAAUUUUUCCCGACCUGCCCCAUACAACACUGGACCUCGGCAGCCUCAGAGCUCCAUGGGCAAUGGGCGUUGGACGCACGACAUGUUCAGAGGGGGAGACAGUGGGCUGCUGCCACCCCCACCCCUCAUGGGGAUGGGAACCUUCAAGCUUAAUAUCAACAACCUAGACUUUGGAGUCACUGAUUCAGACAUCAGGGAGCUGUUCCAAGAGUUUGGAGACAUGCAGUCUGCGGCUGUGCACUACGAUCGCUCGGGCAGGUCACUAGGCAGCGCCCAGGUUAUCUUUGGGCGUCAAAGUGACGCGGUGAAGGCAAUGAAGCAGUACAACGGCGUGCACCUUGAUGGCCGCCCCAUGAAGAUAUACAUUGAAGGCCUCGGCCUCGACUCAUCUUUUGCCUCCCGCGGAGGUGGUGUGUCAAGACCGAUGUCGAAUCGCCUCGAUCAGCGAAGCAGAGGCUCAAGACCAGGUGGACGAGGCCGUGGAGGUCGGGGGCGGCAGCCUGAGAAAGCAAAACUCAAGACCGCUGAGGAGCUCGACGCUGAGUUGGACAGCUACUUGUGCGAAGCCAAGAAGGCCAAAUAGCCUGCCUACAAUUUGAGAUGCGCUCCUGUAGUACCUAAGACAUUUUACAAUCAUUAUUCCUGAACAUCAUCUUGAUGGAAUGAUUCACAAAACCUAGACGUUUUAGAAACUCUCCAUCGUUGAAGUGGUGAGCUGAUUAAAUUGAGCCUUUUAUGAGUUGAGGAUGGAGAGAAAAACAAAUUGUUCAAUCUGGGAAUUAUGGUCUUUGGGGUACAAAAUUUCAUUUUAUCGAACAUAAGCUUGAAAAAAUAUGCUUAAUGUUCAAAAACUUUUGCAGAUUAUAUAAAUCAUGCUGUGUAAUUCACUUUACGUAGUUCCAUUUUCAUUGUAGCUGGAUCCAUUACAUGUUUGCAAGUCUUUCGUAA